GCGACUUUGCCAAGUUGACAACUAUUGCGAUUGCACCAGCAGUGUGUAAUAUUUAUACUGAAUGAUUCACCACUUUAUAGAGUUUCGUCGUUUUACGGGUUUACAGUGAAAGAUUCACAUAGGGAACAAGUCGCCUGCGAAGGAUUAUUGGCGUCUACCCAAGUUAGACAUCGAUAACUACUGUGACUGACUGGUGACUUCGUACAUCGCCGUCGCUACCAUGUCGAACUCCAUGGGAAGCUCGAUUGCGAACAAUACGUCUACAAAAAACGCUAUGGUUCUCAUUUGUCCUAUCCAAAGCCCUAAAGUGAAAAAGGAAAUUGCUAUUACUUACAUUGUGACCUCAGGGCUAAGCAUCCUUGGAGCUAGCUCAGUGAUCAUUUUUUCAGUCUGGAAAAGGAUUGUAAGAAGUCCAGAGGUGCACCCUUUGUUUCACUUAGCCUUGGCAGAUCUGAUUUUAGCUUCUCUGUGGUUUGCUGGGGCUUGUCGUUGGUUUCACCAUGAAACUUCUGCAUGUUUUUUAUUAGAUGUAAUAGGAGAGAUGGCGCAUCUGGCAUCAUUCUUUUUGACUGUCAACUAUGGUUUGAAUGCAUACAUCAGACUCAGAGAAAAGGCUAAAAAUAUCACCACUUUUCAGUUACUGUCAGUUUCUUCAACAACAUCUCACCUAUGGCCCACUAGGAUAUUAUAUGCAUUAUGUUGGUUAGUGCCUUUUGCAAUUAUGUUGCCUUUGCUGUUGGCUGAGGAUGAUAAAAAAAGAACCCCACAUGACAACUGCACUCAUUGCCUUUUACUUUUUGAUCGACCGAAGGCAAAGUCUCUUCCGGAUGAUGGAGAACCACGAUAUUGGGAGGCUUAUGGUUCUAUUGCACUGGUUGCAACUUUAGUUUUCUCCAUCGUGGCGCUCAUGGUGGUGUAUUUUUUAACGGUCAGAACCUACAGAAAAGCUGUCCUACAUUCGGGAGUACUGACAAACCUAGAGCGGGUCAGCAUUGAUGCUAUUCGUAACAAAGUCUUUCUUUACGUAUUGGUGUUCUUGGUAUGCUGGAGCCCGGCACUUGUGGUAGCAGCUUGUGACAUCGCACCCGGAGUAACUAUCACUAACCUGCAGCAUUGGCCCCUCGUGUUCUUCUUUCAAGGUUUAACUGCACCUAUGCAAGGCUUCUUCAACUGUAUAGUCUAUGGCUGGGCCAGAAAAAACUUCCGUGAAGCUUCAGAACAGCGAAGAAAUAUACUGCUGGAAAGUGAAGACAAAUUCCGGUUUUCUGGAUCUCGACGGACCUCAUAUGGAUCACUUCGUUCGAUGACAAGUCGUUGAGAGCCAUUCGGAGAGAAUAGCAAAGGGGUGGUGUGGAAGGGGGGUCCUGAUCCCGUUUUACGCACAAAUUUUUUCAGAAACUUUCACCCGUCAUGAAUAUUUCAUGAACCGUGUGAUGGAAAAAGAGUGUCAGUAGAACAAAUAAAAAAACAAAAAGCGAAGCUUAAGGCUUAACAAGCCAAGACUUGUUAAAGUAGAUCUUUGAGGAAUAGUGUAAAAUUACGGAAAUUAUUUGUUUAAAGCUAUUUAGAUUUUCUGGUCGCAGAAGAAGAAAACUAUUUGACGACAAGUACCUAAGUCCUGUUAAGGGACGUGUUAAGUCUUGACCGAGAGACUCAGCAACUUAUUCCAUUUAAAGUUAUUUUCAUCCACGUUUUCAGCUGGUUCCCAAACUUAAGAUAAUUUUGGUUCAUAGAUGAACAAAAAGAGUGUUAUAAUUAGUUUAAUAUAAUAUUUUAAGAUAUAUUUGUCGAUAUUUUAAGUUCUCUACAACAAAGAUGAGUGUACUGUAUAUAUAAAUAAUAAAUAGAUGUUUAUGCAGGCUAUCUCUUUGCAAUGACGUAAGUUUGCAGCAUUUUUGUAAUGUCAUGUUAUUUCCGUCGCC